AUGUUAAUGAUGCAGGUUCACAUCGUGUACAUGGGGGCCCUUCCUGAGAGUCAAUACUCACUUACAUCUCACCACAUUAACAUUCUAGAGGAAGUUGUUGAAGAAAGCAACGCGACUGAGUCCCUUGUCCACAGCUAUAAAAGAAGUUUUAAUGGAUUUGCAGCCAAGCUAAAUGAUCGAGAGAGACAGAAACUUGCUAGGAAGGAAGGCGUAGUAUCUGUGUUUCCAAGUAGAAGCCUCCAACUUCAGACCACGAGAUCUUGGGAUUUCAUGGGUUUAACUGAAACUGUGAAAAGAGUGCCAGAGGUUGAGGGUGAUGUGAUAAUUGGUGUCAUUGACAGUGGAAUCUGGCCCGAGUCUGAGAGCUUUAGUGAUGAAGGAUUCGGUCCUCCUCCUAAGAAAUGGAAGGGCGCUUGUAAUGGUGGCAAAAACUUCACGUGCAACAACAAGCUCAUUGGUGCACGAACUUACACAGAUCUAGGGCCAGAUAAUACAGCAAGGGACACGGUAGGACAUGGGUCACACACCGCAUCGACAGCAGCAGGGAACAAAGUGAAGGAUGCAGGUUUUUACGGAUUGGCUCAAGGAAAUGCAAGGGGAGGAGUGCCAUCAGCUAGGAUUGCUGCUUACAAGGUCUGCGCCGAAGGUGGGUGUUCUGAUGCCGAUAUCCUGGCUGCUUUCGACGACGCCAUUGCUGAUGGUGUAGACAUAAUCUCCAUUUCACUUGGAUCGAGUCUUGCUAUUGAUAUGGUCCAGGAUUCCAUUGCCAUCGGUUCAUUUCAUGCCAUGCAGAAUGGCAUCCUUACCUCACAUUCUGCUGGGAAUAGUGGUCCUGGUUUAGGGACAACCGCAAGUGUUGCACCAUGGCUUCUUAGUGUAGCAGCAAGUAGUACAGAUCGUCGGAUUAUUGACAAGGUUGUUUUAGGGGAUGGUACAACGACGACGCUUGUGGGCACUUCUGUUAAUUCAUUUGAUUUGAAAGGAGAAAAGUUCGAUCUGAUAUAUGGGAAAAAUGCUUCACUCCGAUGUUCUGAUGAUGAUGUUCGGCUUUGCAAAAAUGGUUGCUUAGAUGCUAAUUUAGUGAAGGGGAAGGUUGUGGUUUGCGAUGAGGUUUCCAAAGGAGAGGAGCCUGUGCAUGCUCGUGCUCUUGGGACAAUAAUGAUAGAUAAUAGAUUCAAUGAUUUUGGUCGUAUUUAUCCUCUUCCUGCAACAUUGUUAAUCCCUGAAAAUGGGGAAAAGGUUAAGUCUUACAUGAACUCCACAAGAAAUCCUCAAGCAAACAUCUUAAAAAGUGAAGCUAUACACGAUUCAAUUGCUCCAGUUGUUGCUUCAUUCUCCUCUCGUGGUCCAAAUGUCAUUAUUGCAGAGAUUAUCAAGCCAGAUAUAAGUGCUCCAGGAGUAGAUAUUUUGGCUGCAUUUUCACCUCUUGCUUCACCAUCAGGCAUCAAAUCAGAUAAAAGGUCAGUGAAGUACAGCAUAAUGUCUGGGACCUCCAUGGCUUGCCCUCAUGUCACAGGUGCAGCUGCUUAUGUUAAAAGUUUCCAUCCUGAGUGGUCGCCUUCUGCCAUAAAAUCUGCUCUUAUGACUACAGCUUGGCCCAUGAAUGCUACUAAAAAUGAACUGGAAUUUGCUUAUGGUGCUGGCCACAUUGAUCCAGUGAAAGCUGUGAACCCUGGUUUAGUUUAUGAAACUCUUAAAAGCGAUUACAUACAAAUGCUUUGCAAUAUUAAUUAUGAUUCUUGGAGGAUUAGAGAAAUAACAGGAGAGAGAAUCAGUUGCCCGGAAGCAAGUCAAGGCUCAGCUAAGGACCUGAAUUACCCUUCAAUGGGAGUGAUGGUUACAGGAGAAAAGGCUUUCAAAAGUAAUUGGACGAGGACAGUUACCAAUGUUGGCUCGGCUAAUUCCAUAUACAAGGCAACAGUGACUUCAGAUCCUAAGCUUCAAAUCACGGUUAACCCUGAUGUUCUUUCCUUCCAGGCGUUGAAUGAAAAUAAGACUUUUGUUGUGACUGUUGCAGGCGGAGAGUUGCCGGAUAAUACUGUUUAUUCUGCAUCAUUGGUGUGGUCUGACGGCACUCAUAGUGUUAGAAGUCCUAUUGUUGUAUACACAAAUUAA